AUGCACGCCCCCCAGCUGCCCGUGUUCCUCCUGCAUGUCUGGUGGGUCCUGCGCCAGGCGGGCGCCGCCACGGUGGCCCCGGUGCCGCUCCGAACGCGGGUGCAGCCCUCGUCGCCGUCCCCUCUCGCGUACAUGCUGAGCCUCUACCGGGACCCGCUGCCCGGGGCGGACAUCAUCCGCAGCCUGCAGGCUCAAGAUGUGGAAGUGGAUGGGCAGAACUGGACCUUUGCUUUUGACUUCUCCUUCCUGAGCCAAGUGGAGGAUCUUGUGUGGGCCGAGCUCCGGCUGCAGCUGUCCCGCCCUGUGGAGCUGCCCCCCGGCGUCCCACUCUCCAUCGAGAUUCUCCACCAGCUAAAGCCCGAUGCGGAGCAGGACCCGGCUGACUGCCACGAGCGUCUUCGGAUGGACCUGUUCACCGUCCCUCUGUCCCAGGUUACCUUUUCCUCAGGCAGCAUGGUCCUGGAGGUGACCAGGCCACUCUCCAAGUGGCUGAAGCACCCCGGGGAGCUGGAAGAGCAGAUGUCCGGUUUGGUCGGAGAGUGUCAGCGGCGGGCUCCCACCCCGCCUGUCACCAGCGUGCUCCUGCUACUCUACUCCAACCUCUCCCCAGAGCAGAGGCGGCUGGGGGGCUCCACCUUGCUGUGGGAGGCUGAGAACUCCUGGCGCGCCCGGGAGGGACAGCUGUCCCAGGAGAGGGGCCGGCGGCACCGUCGACAUCACUUGCCCGACAGAAGCCAGCUGUGUCGGAAGGUCAAGUUCCAGGUGGAUUUCAACCUCAUUGGGUGGGGCUCCUGGAUCAUCUACCCAAAGCAAUACAAUGCCUAUCGCUGCGAGGGCGAGUGUCCUAACCCUGUGGGGGAGGAGUUCCAUCCCACCAACCAUGCGUACAUCCAGAGUCUACUGAAACGAUACCAGCCCCACCGAGUCCCUUCCACCUGCUGUGCCCCUGUGAAGACCAAGCCACUGAGCAUGCUUUAUGUGGACAACGGCAGAGUCCUCCUGGACCAUCACAGAGACAUGAUUGUGGAAGAAUGCGGGUGCCUUUGACGAGAUCCUGGUGGGGCCGGAUUUGCCUGUACCCUGGGACGUUGGGAAGGUCCUAGAAGACACGAGAACCAUCUAAUGCAAUGAGGAGACACAGAGGGGGAAAGGUUGUUCUGUGUGCUAGACCGAGGAGGAAGGGCUGCCCCCUCGGUAAAGGAAGGCUCUGGGAAAUCUGCCUCAUACGGAGGCUGCUGUCAGGAGAUGGCAGGCUGGUUGGCUGUUCUUCCUGAAGAGAC